AUUCUGCCUUGUGCUGGAGAUGGCGACACGACGGGGAUUAUAAAAAAACUUUCAGUGUGCACCAUACUAUCAGUGGAGCCAGUUGGGCGAUGGUAUGAAAGCUAUCAAUCAAGGUUAAACAGUAAACAUUCAAUAUCACAACAUUCUCUCAAUAGUUCCAGUUCUGAUGAAAGUGAAGAUGAAGAUGAUGGGAUUGAUAAUACAGAAUAUCUUAUGUCCUUGAAUCCUAAAGAAUGGAAGAACCAAGAUCAUUAUAAUGUGCUAGGUUUAGAAAACCUAAGAUAUAAAGCUACUGAAGAUGAGAUUAAGAAAGCAUAUAAAAAACAAGUAUUGAAACAUCAUCCAGAUAAAAGAAAAUCACGAGGUUUAAUUGUUAAAGAAGGUGAUGAUGAUUAUUUCACUUGUAUCACAAGAGCAUGGGAGACUCUAGGUGUACCAUUGAAACGUAGGUCUUACGACAGCGUAGAUCCUGAAUUUGAUGAUGAAGUACCUUCAAAUAAAACCUAUUCUAAAGACAAGUUCUACAAAACAUUUCGACCUGUAUUUGAAAUGAAUUCAAGAUGGUCAAAGAAAACACCAGUGCCUAAAUUAGGUGAUUCUAACACACCCUAUGAUGAUGUUGAUGAUUUCUAUGCAUUUUGGUAUGAUUUUGAUUCAUGGAGAGAAUUUUCUUAUUUGGAUGAAGAAGAGAAAGAAAAGGGUGAAAACCGAGAUGAAAGAAGAUGGAUUGAAAAACAGAACAAGGCAGCUCGUCAAAAACGAAAAAAAGAAGAAACUUCCAGAAUACGUCAAUUAGUUGAUAACUCGUAUGCCAAUGAUCCAAGAGUAUUGAAAUAUAAAGAAGAUGAGAAAGCUAAGAAGGCUGCUACUAAGAAAGCUAAACAAGAUGCUAUAAAACAGAAACAAGAGGCAGAAGAAGCGGAACGACGUGAGAAAGAAGAAGAAGAAAAAAGAAGACAGCAGAAAAUUAAAGACGAAAAUAAAGCCAAGGCUGAAGCAGCUAAGCGUGAAAGAGAAGAACAAGACAAAGCAUUAAAAACAGAAAGAAAAUUAUUAAUGGAUUCAGCCAAGGAAAGAAAUUAUUUUGCUAACAAUGAUGAUGAAAGAGUAAAAAAUAUAUUAGAAGUUGAUAAAUUGGCUCGAUUGUUAUCUCUUGUAAACUUGAAAGAAUUAAAUGAACAAAUACAGUCUAGUGAUGAUAAUGGAGCCAAAUCAGCAUACCAAACUCAGGUGAAAAAAAUGAAUGCUCAGUUGGAAGAAGAAAAAAGGAAGCAAGUUCAAGCAUUGCAUAAGAAGAAAGGAUCUGAUAAUAGAGAUAUGGGUAAAGAAUGGAGUGAAGGAGAGCUACAAUAUUUGAUUAAAGCUGUUAAUUUAUUUCCUGCAGGGACACAAGACAGAUGGGAAGUAAUAGCAAAGUUCAUCAAACAACAUAUCAGUUCUUUUGGUAAAAACGCUAAGGAUGUGUUGGCUAAAGCAAAAGAUUUGCAGAAAAAUGAUGGAUUUAUGAAAGAAUCAGCAGAUAAAAAAGCAUUUGAGAAGUUUAGUGAAACUCAUAAAACAGCUCCAGCUGCUAGUUUAUCUGGCGUUCCAAGUGAAAGACUUGAAAGUGUAGCUGAACAACAAAUUCGUCAAACAGGUACUAAUCCAGCGCCAUGGUCAGCAGAAGAGCAGAAAUUGUUAGAACAAGCAUUAAAGACAUUUAAUUCAAGUACACCAGAAAGAUGGGAAAGAAUUGCUGAAGCUGUUCCUACCAGAAGUAAAAAGGAUUGUAUGAAAAGAUAUAAGGAAUUGUGUGAAGCUAUUAAAGCUAAAAAAGCUGUACAACAA